UCUCUCUCUCUCUGUUUGGUUUGGGGGAUGUGCUGUCGACCCCAGAGGCUUUAAAAACAACAGGGGUUUACCGCCUGUGUUUAUGUGGGUCAGAGGACAGGGAGUGGACAGAGGUAGAUUCGGUCCAGCCAGCCAGGGAGGGACCAUGAACCCUUUCUCACUGCUGUGGCUGUACGCGGCCCUGCCAGGUCUCCUGUGGGCCUCGCAUGUCAGUCUCCCAGUGGAGGGCGACAAUGACGCCUCCAGAGUCUGUAAACCCGCCCCCGACUGGGCGAUAAACGGACGUUCACCCAUGCAAGAGCUGUACGGAAAUGUGGUGGUGGUGGCGCUACUGAAGGCCAGCUGACAGUUCUGUCUCACUCAGGCCUCCAAAAUUGGAGGCCUGCGUGACAAGCUGAACCACAGCAACCUGACAGAGGUGUCUUUUAUGAUAGUGAAUGAGCGGGACGCUCUGUCCAGAGCCAUGUUCUGGGAGCUGAAGAGAAGAGCGCCCCCUGGUGUUCCUGUCUACCAGCAGGCUCCCUUUCAAAAUGACGUGUGGGAGGCUCUGGAUGGUGACAAAGAUGACUUCCUGGUCUAUGAUAGGUGUGGGCUGCUCACCUUCCACAUAGUGCUACCUUACAGUUUCCUGCAUUAUGUAUACGUAGAGGCUGCAAUCAGAGCCACCUAUAAUAAAAACAUCUGCAACUGCACUGUCAAUUCUACUUUAUCAAGUGACCAGAAGAAUCAAACAAUGCAGUUAAAUAUCAGCCUGACAACUACAACACCCAUUUCACAACUGGACACAGAUGAUCCUACGGUGAAAGACACAGCUCAUGGGGCGACUCAUCACCACAGCCAUCAUCUUCACCAUCAUCAUCACCAUCCUCAUCCUCACCACCACCAUCACAGCAGUCCCCAGAAUCAGUCCCAACAUAGUCAGAAUGAAACUCUUCAUCCUCUUAGUCAUAAUCACCCUCAUCCUCAGCAUCCUCACCCCCAUCAUCAUCAUCAUCAUCAUCAUCAUCAUCAUCAUCAGCGGCAGCGGCCUGGCAACCACAGUCAUCCUGCUGGGAUGAAAGUGGAUAAUCAGGAUGCCAGUUAAAUUACGAAUGGUUUUGCUGUUUUUUUUUUCGUAGUAUUUUGUUUUUGGUGACAUGUUUUUUACUUUGAUGACAGAAAACACAGGUAAA